CAAGUACAUUGGCUUAUGUUGUAGAGAAACAGGGAAAGUAUAAAUGACAGUAAAAUUUAUGAAAACCCUUCAGUCUUAUGUGACAAGCAAGCAUCAUGUAUCAUGCAAUGCAUAUUUUCGUAUGUGCAGUGGUCUGCAUUAGUUUUUUGGAAUCGAGUAUUGCAGAUGAUAAAUCAACAACAACAGAAAAAGAUUUUCUACCAAUAUCAGCAACAAUUGAAGGUGUAAUAUCACCAGAUUUAUUAAAAGAAUUACAAGAUAGACGUCCAAGUAUAUCAUCAGUUAUUCAACAAAUAGCAUCAUCAUCAAGUCCAUCAUCAACAACAACAGAAAAACCAACAAUAAAAUCAAAAUCAACAUCAAAAAUUCCACGUAAAUUUCGUACAACAACAACACCAUCACCAAUAACAAAUAAAUUAAAUGAUUUUCCCGGUUUUGAUUUAGCAAGAGCACAACAAGUACGACAAGAAAAUCAAUAUCCUUUUGAUAUACAAAAUAGAUAUAAUAAUUUUCCAAAUUUUAAUCCACAAAGUCAAUAUAAUUUACGACAAUAUAGUAAUGCAUUUAAUGGUUUUGGUAAUAGAAAUCUUUUUAAUGCAAAUUUACAAACACAACAAUUAUCAUCAUUAAUUGAUGGUUCAAGAAUAAAAGAUAAUACUAUUCAAGGAAAUGAUAGACAAUCACAAAAUGGUGAUAAUAGAUUACCAUAUGGUGGAAAUGGUGGAGGUACAAAUUUCGAUUACAAUAGAUUUAGAGGUAAUUUUGGAAAUUUUGGUUAUGAUGAUAGAUUUGGUGGACGUUUAAAUGAACAAGGCUAUCGUAAUGGUGAUGAUAAUUUUGGUUAUUCAAAUUUUGGCCAACAAUAUAAUCAAUUUUAUAAUCCAAAUAAUAAUUAUCGUCAAGAUUUUAGAACAAAUUAUCCAUUCAAUUUACAACAACAACAACAACAAAAUGGUUUAAGAGGUAAUCAAGGAUUUAAUUUACAGGGUUAUUCUGGUAAUUAUCCAUUUCAAGGAUUAACACCAAAUAAUCAAUAUGAUAAUAAUUACUCACCAAGAUAUCCAAAUCAGUAUGGUAUUGAUGAUUAUGGUAGAGGUGGACAAAGAGGUUUUAAUUAUCAACCAUUUAAUCCAGAUACACCUGGACGUGGUGUAUCAAAUGGUAAUAAUGGUAAUCAACAAAUUCCAAAUCAAGAAAAUGAUAAUCCUGAUGCAGAUGAUAAUGGAUCAUUAACAUCAUCAUCUAAAAAAACAGAAAUAAUUAAAAAAUUAGAAGAUAAAAAAAUUAAUAAUGAUAAAAAUUAUUUAAAUAAUGUAUUACCAAUUGAUUCACGUUUACCAAAAUUAUUAUUUUAUCCACAACUUGAUGAUUAUUCUGAUGUUAGAUAUAGACCAGAUGGAUUUAAACAAUUUUUUAUUUAUCCCAGUAUUCCAGGUCACAAAUAUAAUAAUGAUGAUCUUCUUGGAUAAUUUA